AGAAUGCUUUGCUCAGUCCAACUUACAAGGCUGGCAAGUCAACCUCUUCUAACCUCCCACCUCCCAGUUCCUCAAACUCAAGCAAGGCCAGCUCCUCUCCACUUCUCUUCCCUGAGGUCCUGUUCUGCUUGACGCCCUGGUCCCGCCCAACUUCUCCAUGUUAACUCCACCCCUAUCUUGAGGCUGGGCCCCAUAGGUGGAGAGAAGUGGGAAAGGUCCUGCCUUGUCACUCUGUCCUUACACUCUGAAGCUCUGUGGCCCCCUUGCCAGGAUGCUGGACACCUGGGUCCCGGGCAGGCUCACCUUGAUUUUUGUCCUGAUUUCCAGUCUCCGACGAGUGAGCACCAACGAGACUGUAAACACAUGUGACAUCUUAAACUGCCCCAAAGGAUUCACAUGUUGUGACAAGGACUGCUGCCCAGAAAGAAAGGUCUGGGGUCCUGAAAGCUGGAAUCCUAAAAAUGAACCCUUCAAGAUCGUGGUCAUCAUCCUAUUGGUCAUGCUACCCCUCUUAUGCAUCUGCGGUCUAGUGAGGCGCUUCUGUCCCAAUUGUAGAGAACUACAGCAUAACUUCAGAACAGCAGAUCAUCAGACAUCUCCAUCGUUGCCCUCCGUUGCUCCCCUGGAGAACAUAUGGGUCACCUCCUUGGAUCCCCCACCAGCCUACAGUCAGGUUGUUCUGAAGCCAACUCCCACAGAACCACCUCCUCCCUACAGCCUCAGGCCUGAGGGCACUUCUGGACAGAGGAGAGGGCAUGCCUACGCAACCCUUUGAGCUUCCUUACACACAAACCUCUUGGAUCAAGCCCAGGACCCUGGACUGACUGCCUAUCCCAUCAUGCCUUUAAUUUAUUGUUUUUAUACACUGUUGCCCCUCCCCUUUUUUUCAUGAUAUCUAAACUUGAUCCAUAAUUCCUGUCCACACUAAAAGCUGUUGACUUUUUUGAGAACUUGGGGUGCCUGUCGUGGAUGUAGAGAGAUCAUUGCUAAUGGACUGCCAAUCUUGACUGAACAGCUCACUCUGCCAUCCUACAUCAGCACUUCUGUGCCUGGAAGAGUUUGAAGACUGAACUGCACAGACUCUGAGCCAUCUUCCAACCAUGCAUGGGCAGAGAGGACCUCACUGUCCCUCUAUAACAAUGCAGAAAACAGAGGGACUAAGUUUCCACAGCUGGCUGCUAAGUGGGGAUGAGACAAGGUCAGAGGCUGAGGAAACCCUUCCAUCUUCUUCCAGUGGUGACUGACUGCACUGACCCCCUGCUGGGAGGAUGGAGCAUCCAUGAUGUGAAUGAAUGCAUAGACCUUCACCUUCGGGGGCACUAAAGAAAUGAACUGGAAAGCUUUAGUGAUCCUGUUCUAGUCCCGUGACCUGCUUUCCUGGGAGACCAGAACAUGAUGAAUUAUGAAACUCUAAGGGUGAUACAAGCCAGAAAACAGCCUGCUGGAGAAGGUAGGAUGGGGAGCAAGCCUGGAGAAGACUUGUUUAGAGUUCCUUGGAGUGAGGCUAAGGGAACACUUCCUUCCACAUUCCUCUCUAGGAAUGCACUGGAGGGAGAGAGGUGACAGACCCCACCUUUAUCCUCCUCCUGCUGCUGAGCCUUUCCAGGUUCUAAAUCCCAACCCCAUGCAAAGUUAACUCCUGAAAGGAAGAAGGUUUUGUUCUGUGGCUGAGGGACUAAGGAUACCUUGGAACCUGGACUGUUCUGAUCCAUGGACUGAAGACAUUCCUGGUGCCCAUGCCUUGGCACCUUACCCAUGUUUACUGUGUUUGCUGCAGAGGGCUGAAGGCCAAUGUUUCCCUUCAGACAGACAACACUACCAAUACCCACUGCUUAGGUGUGCAGGCAGGGCAGGUGUGGCUGUCCUGGACUCCCUCUGUAGACCAGGCUGGCUUCAAAUUCAGGAUCCCCAAGAAUACUCAUCCUUGAACCACCACAGAAAAGGGCAGGACAGGGAUUCCAACUAGAUUCGGGCUCUGAGAACUGGGGUUGUCCCUAUAUGAGGAGGUCACCUCAGCCUGCUUGUCACCUACUUGACACUGAAAAUGAUAGAGGGCUUUUAAUUCAGUGGCAUGGGUUGCAGGGAGUAGCUUUCCUGAAGUUCAGUGGCUGAAAUAUUAUAUUUAAAAGGUGCAUCUGUGUUCUGUCGGGUGUCAGAUCCCCUAGAACUGGUGUUCCAGAUAGUUUGAGUGGCCAUGUGGGUGCUGGGAAUUGAACCCAGGUACUGAAGCAGCCAGUGUUCUCAACCACUGAGCCAUCUCUCCAGUCCCCUGAGUGAUUCUAUUCCCACUCAGUAUUGUCACUACUGUGGGCGAGAGUGAGAUGUCACAUUUUCAGAGAUGACCUUGCACUGUCCAUCAUACCACCAAUAUUUAUAAAGCUACCACUCUAUUCCUCCUGUUCUGGGUGUCCAGGAUGACACCAGGUGCAGAGUCACCUCUAAGAGAAGCCUGCAGAGAGACCCACACACCAAAGCUCACAGAGAUGCAGAUGCUCAUCUCCUGGUGCCCUGGAGUGAAUGGAAUAUAAUCGUCUACAUCCAUUGACCUAUGGGAUCUUGUUCUGUCAGACAUGCACAUACACUGGACAUCCAUCAAAUAAGGAUGAAGGAUCUGUCAUGCCAACCUACAUUGUUUCUGACUUAUUGGGAGAAAAGACAAGUGUUGUGAAAUAAACUAAAGCAUUACAUUUUUA